GCCAGGCAGAGAGGGAGCUGGCGGUCUGGUGGCCUUGCAUAACACGCGUUGGAGCAGCUUUGAAUGCAGGACUUGGUGUUAGCUCCAGCAGCGGGGAACUUCCUUUACCGACAGCCCCGUUGCAGGGGCAGUGUAGCCUCCAAACCGGAGAGUCCACAGAGGAGGGCAGGGCUGGAGCAGCUACAGCACAGGCUACAGGAGAGGAGAGCGGCACAAAGGAGAGACUCAGGAAGAGGAGUCCUAGGAAACACGUCUCCAACACACAUACACACACACACUGAGAGGCAGGAAGAAUCCUGGACAUGCUCUACAAGCAGUGGCUGUGGAGAGACUGAUUCCUGCCGAUAUCGUGGAAGAGGUGGAUCGGUCAGAGAUGAUUCCUCAUGAAGUCUGUGGAGCUCAUUUUCUGAGCUGGAGUGACUCCAUCUUCAACUCUGUACUGAGACCUGGAGCUGCCUACCAGUGAAAACAAAGAGAGCCACACAGCACACAGAGAGGCCGACCACAGCACAUAACCACUUGAGAGAGAAAAGAAGACCCAGAAGAGCUUAGAAUUACUACCUGGGAAUAUUAAAACCACGCUGACACAAUGAAAUCCAACCAGGAGCGGAGUAAUGGAUGCUUGCCUCCUAAGAAGCGUGAGAUCCUGGCUCUGGAGCAGAGGCCAGUGGUUGUAGCCACAGCAACACCUCCAGCUGCAGUGGUUACUGACAGUCCCCACACAGAGAACCUAGCAUGGCUGGCAAGUGUAGCUAGCGAACGCUGCCGAUCCAGGGACGCAGAAAGCCCCAGAUGUCCCAUUACCUCCACUUCCUCCUCUUCUCCUUCCACUUCUAUCCCUUCCUCGGCCACUCCUCUGUCUGCGGUACCCCUGGCCUCUCUGCCCACAGUUUACCCCACAGCCCUUCCCCAGCAGGCUGGGACUAUCCAGUUUGCCCAGCUGGGGCCCAAUGUUCAGUUCAUCAGCUCUGGGCCCUAUGCCGGCUACAUCUCCUCUCACAUCAUCUCCACCAAUACUGGUUCUACACCUAACAGCUCGGCCAUAGGACAGCGUCCCCAGCUGGAUGGUUACACCACUGCCCUCAUCUCCCCUAACACGAAAGGGGAGCAGCAGUUUCAAAUAGGCCUUUCUCCCACAGAACUGGCUCCUGUGUCGCUUCCGAGCUCUCCCCAGGUCACCAGCCAGUACAUUCACCUGGACAGCAGAACGCCUCUAACUGUCAGCGGAAACGCUGUCACUUCACCCACUGCCCACCUCCAGCUCCAUCCUCACACAGCCGUCCUCCCUCAAACGCUCACCCUCGCUCCCUCCCAGCUGGUGGUUCAGUAUGCAGAUGGUUCAGUUGGAAAGAAACCAGAGGGGCAUGCUAAGGGUGUGCUGAAUGGGGAAUUAGAGGCGGUCAAACAGACCAAAACUCCCACUCAUCAAGUGAACCAUCAGCAGGUGCAGAGCUAUGAGGCCAGACACAUCCUCCUGCCUGCAGACUACAGCCAGAACCCUGCAGGACUCCAGACCUCCUUAGUGCUGUUGGCCCAGCCCAACCAUGGAGCUGAACGGGAAACUGGCUCAAAUAAGAUCUCUUUAGUCCAGACUGAGAAGGGAGGCAUCUGUUUGGGGAAACCAGUGUCCAGAUCCUCCUCCUUCACCUCCCUUUCUUCCUCAGAUGUGGUUAAGUCUGUUGCUCCACAUACAGUCAUCCAGACCACUCUACCCCCUGAGGAGCUGCCAGCGAGUCUGUAUUCCACCACACAGCCACCAAUCAUCGGCUAUAUCACCAGUGCAAAUCAGCACGCUGUCAGCUACCACGCAGCAUUGCCUCAGCACCUGGUCAUCCCGAGCGGCCAGUCCCUUCUCAUCCCGGUCAGCGGCACCAAUAACGGCACAGAAAUUGAGGUUAGUCGUGCUGUUGGUGCCCUAACUGCUACCACUGCCCCUCAAAUAUCCACCGCCAUGCCACAUGCCUAUCUGGCCACAGCACUGUCCAAGUGUGAGGCGCUUGGGCCAGAUGGAAAUCAACCACCCCCUGCUGUGGCACAGGCACCAGCAAUGCCAGUCCUGCCCUCAAACCCGGCUCCUGCAGUGGUUGCAGCUCCCUCCCCAACUCCUGCUCCGGUCCCCAGUCCCGCCCCUGUUUCCAUCCAAGCCUCCCACUCCAUCUCCUCUCCCUCCUCUCCUGUGGCACUUCCUCCAUUCUUCAUGCGAGGCUCUAUCAUCCAGCUGGCUGAUGGGGAGCUGAAGCGCGUGGAGGACCUGAAGACGGAGGACUUCAUCCAGAGUGCAGAGAUUAGCAGUGAGCUGAAGAUUGAUUCGAGCACUGUGGAGCGUAUUGACAGUGGACAGAGUCCUAAUGCUGUGGUCAUACAGUUUUCUGUGGGAGAGCUCAAAGCCCAGGUGUGUGUGGAGGUGCUGGUGGAGUAUCCCUUCUUUGUUUUUGGCCAGGGCUGGUCGUCCUGCUGCCCAGACAGGACCACCCAGCUGUUCGAGCUGUCCUGCGCUAAGCUGUGUGUGGGUGACGUAUGCGUGUCACUGACCCUCCGUGGCUUGAGGACCACUACAGUAACAGACAGCCAGUCUAUGGGGACCAAGCUGAAGACGGGUCACCUCUCUGACUCCUGUCACAAUCUGGAUGCGAGUGUCAGAAACAGUGCGAGUCCAAACGCUGCAGGCAGAAACGGUGGCCUACUCAUGAAGGCUUCCAGUGCAGACAGGCUGGAGGGGGAGCAGGUAACUGGACCAGGGCCAAGAUUAGAGCUACCACCAGGGUUGGGACUAGGACCAGGGGAGGGGAUCUACGGAGCUGGACCCGUGCUGGCAGUCUCUGGGAGUGGAGAAGUAAGACAGGAAUCAGUGAAAACAGACAUACCUGGGCUUACCAAAAUACAAUGUGGUGAUCCAGAGAGACCCACAGUCCGCAAGAGACGCUGGUCAGCUCCAGAGCGAGACCAGACUGAGAGAGCAGAGGAGGAGCCUCCUUUGACUCUGCCCAAACCCUCCUUCAUCCCUCAGGAGGUUAAAAUCAGCAUAGAGGGCCACUCCAGCACUGGGAGUGAAAGGUGCUUGAACAAAAGAACAGACUCUUGAGAGACCUUUAAGGAAUUUUGAUUACCUGUGGUUUGCUUUGUGUUUAUCCCUUCUCUUUCGACUCUAUCCAGACUACUGUAAUAUAGGCUGAGUUUACACAGUAUUUACAUGUUUUAUUUUCUUUCACACAAGUCUGAUAUCUAUGAUGAAGUACAGUAGAGCACCUUCAUAAGUUGUAUCACAUGCGAGAUCAGUGCAAUCAAUGCUGAAAGCAAAAAUGAAUGCAGUGUGAAUGUUGAGUAUGAAUGGCAGUCAGACACCUGAGAGACAUUGAUAGGGGUGUCACAUAUCAUGAGCUGGAUCUCUUUUCUCACGUGGCUAAAACCUGUUGGAUGCAGACCAGUUGACCAUUCCUCGUUUCACGUGAACAAGCACAGACCCCGAUGUCAGCGUGUAGAAAGUUGGUGACCAUGUUUUGUUAAUUUGGUUUGCAGUGGCGUUAAUGAGUGGUUGGAGUCAAAGAGAGAAUUCUGGUGUUUGAUGAUCAAUCAUUAUGGCUGUGGUCUCUGCUGCCUUGUGUUUCUGAUGAAGUUCUAUUUUAUUAUCGUUUUUUUCAUCUUCAUACCAUUGCAGAUGUGGACGCUGCUGCAGGUGGUGCUGGGCCACUUGUCAAUAUGUGUAUGUGCCUGUGUGUGUCUUUCUGUGUGUCUGUCAGACGGAGCACAGAAUUAAGGUGUGUUACGUGUGUGACUGUUAGCUGUGAGCUCAGUUUUCAGUACAACCUGCACAUAUCAAGACUGAAAAGGCCUGAAUGUAAAUCACUGAAUUUGUCCUCAAUCAAUAGAGUUUGAUGCUACUGCUUUUGCAAUGUAUGGGUGACAGCAGUUGCACAUGGGUGCAUUUGUCCGAUAAAGUUCUUCAAAUUCACCAUAUUAAUUUGUAAGCCUUGAAAUUCCUUUCAAGGACAGCAUGCGUCACAUUCAUUUGGAGUCAUGUUUCAGGUGGUCUGAUGCAGUCCAGUCCAGUUCACCCCACUUUGUGUUCUGUUUUAUCGUCUCUGGUUGCCACCAUCUUUCUCAUUGUACAUUUAUGGCCUUUCUCCUGUCCUGUGCAUGAGCACUAACAAGCUGUUGUUGAUGGCUGAUCACUAGCCUGAUGCUAACUUUGUUGGCUGUCUGGUGCUGUGUAGAAAGUUAAGAAUGACUUUAUCAGAGCUUUUCCCAUGAAACAACUACCUGCUGUGCUGGAAAUUGACCCCGAUGAGUGCAGUGAGAGAAUGUUUAGACCAUUAAACCAAAACAGUGAGCUGAAGGAGGCUAAACAGCUCUGUGGAGCGGAGAGGAACUGCAGAACCUGACUAUGAUUAUCUCCCUUUCACAAACUUGUAGCCAUCUGACCAUUUGUUAAAGGUUCAGUAUGGAAUUCUGGACAAAAUACUUGAUGGCUGAGUCUGAUUCCCAGGUUGUCAAAUAUUGACCUUGGAUAGGCAGUCAGACCGAAACACCUUCCCAAAGCAUCGGUGCAAUCUGGAAAUUUGACUCAACAUUCAAUUAUCUCUCUCUGGGAUUACAUAGUGCACUUUUAUUUAUAAAAUGUUGAUUUAAGCAACUUAAAAUGCAAACUUACCAAUGAGGUGAACGAUUAAAAAAGAAAAGAAAACAAACAGACAAAAAAAACAUGGCAUGAUAGUUACAUAUUGAUGGGAAAAUGGUAUUUUCCCAUUCUAUUGACCUAUCCUGUGGCUUUCCUUAAAGAAACUAUGGCCUUAGAUGUAUGUGCCUAGUUCACAGCAGCACAGUUUUUAGAGUUUUACCAUUAAAACCUAUUUUCUAUACAUAUAUCAGAGAACAGCUGUUUUGAUUAAACCAGCUUUCUUUCUCUUUGAUCAGUGAACAUCACGUCAUUUCUUUCUUAGAGUAGAGCCAAAAUAAAACCCCAUAGAUCAUACUCAGGAACAGUGUGUAUCCGUGUGUGUAUGCGUGUGUGCAUGUAGGCCUGAGACAGUGUGUGCAUGUCCACAGCCAUGUGUGUGUGAGUUCUGAGCAGCAGCACUUUGAUGAAGCAUCCAGCAGGAGGUUGUUGGUGGUGUCCCUGUUUCUCAACUGUCAGAUAUAAUAAGAAUGAUCAACUGACUGUUUUUAAUCUGUCUUACAGGUUUAUCAUUAAGAGAAAACAUUAUCUAGAAGGGCAGGGAAUGUAAACACACAUCGGGCAAACUAUCUCAACUUUAUUUUUGAUGACUGACAGAGCAACUAUACAGAGAAUGAAAAAGAGGAGCCAGCUAGAGUUGAUCAUGUACAGUAAAUUGUAUCUUAGAGAGUGUACAGUGUGUGUAUAGAUAUUCUAACCCUUAUGUAGCCUAUGUACUGUAUGUGCCACAGCGCCUCCUUCUUCAAUCAUUCUAGUAAUCCACCAAUAUUAAGUGAUCCUGUUAUUGUUUUCGUCAUUUCAGGUAUUGAUCGAAUGUUCACGAAUGUGCUACAUUUCUUUGGGAACAUCUUCAUACAUUUGGCCUCCUCAGAACUGAAUUUGAUUUGCACUCCCGGUAACAUGCAGUAGGUGUGAAAAUGACCUGCAAUUGAUCAUUAUAGCCAUUGACUUUUUCUAACUCCUGGAAGGUGUUAAUUGUAAACCCAGACUGUUCUCUUCUGUUUUUGUUUGACUGCUCAGGCUAAACACUGCCCAGUGACUGUUCUUCUCCAAAAAUGAUGUGGUCUUAUAUUCUUCACUGUUACGAAGAAGAGGUACUGUUUCAUCAGUUUGUCUUUGUAGCCAUUUGUGAGCCUGGCCUGUGUUUGUUUAAUUGUUUGUUUUUUUUGUUAAGAAAUUGUUUUUCAGAUAUAGACCUAAAAUGCCAUCAAGACACAGACAAAUCUGUGAAAUGUAGGAUUGAUCCUUAAAGGACUAAUUUCACAUUUUGGCAAAUGCACUUAGUAGUUUUUUUGCUGAGACUCAGGUGAGAAAUUUGGAUGCACUUUGGGCUGCAUGUUAUAUGAAAGAGGCUAUAUAAAUUAAGUUGAUUGGAAAAGAUUGAUACUACUCUUACAUUUGUAUGGUAAAUAUGGAGCUACAGCUAGCAGCUGGUUAGUGAAGCCCAGCACAUAGACUGGAAACGGGAAAACAGUGGAUGGAGCACAAAAAACGUGUCAAGAUAUACUACAGGCUACAACAGUAUUCAGGGAGUGUAUUGAGUUAGGAAGAGAUGGAAAGUCACGGUCACACAUGAGCAACAUUAACACAGAUUAACAUUCACCUCCUGUUCAAAGAGGUGAAUAAAACAUUUGCUCUUGCUACAAAGCAAAUUCAUAUCUUUGCAUUGUGUCUAGAGACCCAUGUGUGGAGGAGACAUUUAUGGGUGCAGUGUCUAACCAGACGUUAUUGUAUAACUGGCCAAUGAAAAAAAUCAAACUGCCCCACAUUAGAGAUGCUGCCUGUCUUGCAGAAAGUCAGGAGACAGACAUGGAACAUGAAAAGAAGAAAAUGGAAUCUGUACUAUUAAAAUCAUAUUUCUGUGUGUUUGCAAAUUUCCCUGCUGCGGGACUAAUAAAGAAUCAUCUCAUUUCAUUUAUCAGCAAGCUAGCUAAGAUUAGCUUUCUGUGUGAGUCACACCUGCCACUGUCCCCAUUCAGCAUGAAAAUUGCCUUGGCAGACAAUGGUAAAUCGCCUGCAGUCGCUCAUGUGUGACCAUGUCCAAACAAACAAAUCAUCAUAUUGUGGUUUUAUGGAGGAGUUAUUGGUCGGACUAUUUCUUGGCUGGGUGACUGAAGUCUUGUUGUCAUUCUAAGUUUGUCAGGCAACCAGUGGAGACUCCAAAAAGUAGUCCUGCACAUUACACUCUGUGAAACCACAAGGUACUAUUAUUACAUGUCAGUUUUUUAACAGAUACAACAAUACAAAGAUAUAAUCUUAAAUGCAGCCAGGCUAGCAAUUUUCCCUUGUUUCCAGUCUUUGUGCUGAGCUAAGCUAACCUGCUGGUUAUGGUAGCCUACAAACGUAAUAGUGGAAUUUAUCUUUUUAUGUAACGCCACCUUUUAGCAAGAAAGUGAAUAAGCGCAUAUUUUCCAAAAUGUUCAAAUGUUCCUCUAAAUGCUCUGCACACCCACAGAGUUGUACUGGUUGAUUAGACCUUGGCUCAGGUCAAAGCUGGGAGGAGCUUUAUUGUGAAUGACAUGAAAUUGUCAAACUCAGUACAUUAGAAUAAAGGUGAAAGUUUUUUGGCCCUAAUAGAAACAACUAGGAGAUGUCAAUCAGUUUCUGAUUGUUCACAGUACUGAGGGGAGGUCUAAUCAGGCAGAUAUUAUGCACCUGAAUCACAGGUGUGAAUGGGCUUUAAGUUCAAAGGUUCAGUAAUAACAAUAGACCCCUUUUGCUCACAAAUAAGCUUAAACUGGGCCCCUUAGAAUUUGUCAUUUUCAGGGCCUUUCUAAGUAAUGUUGAAUAUGGUGUAUAAGCACCGCCUUGUGGUGAUCUAUGGAAUUGCACUUUGUUAUAUGGGGUGGGGGUUGUUUUAGUCUAACUAAUACACAGAAGUAAUGUACAGCAUGUCUGAGAGAAACUGUACUCUAACUGUACAGCAUCUCAGCGAUUUGUAAAUAGUCAAAGUCUUCCAUUAUAAUGUUGGUAUGAUCUUGUUACCAGUGGAGAGGAUAAACACUGAUCCCCAUGUACAGACCUUUGAAGUGAAGUUUAAUUUAAAAAAAAUACAUCAUCAUUUAUUUGAGAUAAAUACAGGAUACUGCUUCACCUAAGAUAUUUUUCUUUUGCACCAGCUUAAAAAAAACCCAGGAAAUAAUGGGAGAAAAAAAAGAAAAAAAAGAUUUUGUAAUUUGGGUCUGUUUGUUGGUUAAAUCUUAACUAAGAUACAGUAUGUCCUACGUACAGUAUGUAGUAAGUAUCAAUAAUGUUCCCUUAUUUUGAUGGUGUUGAGGUUUGCUAGUCAAAAACUG